AUGAGCCAGCAGGAUGCGGUCGCCGCGCUUUCAGAACGCCUGCUCAUAGCUGCGUACAAAGGCCAGACGGAGAAUGUGGUUCAGCUCAUCAACAAGGGCGCCAAGGUAGCGGUUACCAAGCAUGGCCGGACGCCCCUGCAUCUUGCUGCCAAUAAGGGCCAUCUCUCUGUGGUCCAGAUCUUGCUGAAGGCUGGCUGUGACCUCGAUGUCCAGGAUGAUGGGGACCAGACCGCCUUGCACCGGGCUGCGGUGGUGGGGAACACCGAGGUCAUCACGGCGCUCAUCCAGGAGGGCUGUGCCCUGGACCGACAGGACAAGGACGGGAACACGGCCCUGCACGAGGCGUCCUGGCACGGUUUCAGCCAGUCGGCCAAGCUGCUCGUUAAAGCUGGAGCCAACGUGCUUGCCAAGAACAAGGCAGGGAACACGGCUCUGCACCUGGCCUGCCAGAACAGCCAUGCCCAGAGCACCCGCGUCCUUCUGCUGGGCGGCUCCCGCGCCGACCUCAAAAAUAAUGCAGGCGACACCUGUUUGCACGUCGCAGCACGCUACAACCACUUGUCCAUCAUUAAGCUCCUCCUCAGCGCUUUCUGUUCUGUCCAUGAGAAGAACCAGGCUGGAGACACAGCACUUCAUAUUGCCGCUGCCCUGAAUCACAAGAAGGUGGUUAAAGUCUUGCUGGAAGCCGGAGCAGAUGGGACCAUCGUCAAUAAUGCAGGCCGGACUCCGCUGGAGACUGCCCGCUACCACAAUAAUCCGGAAGUGGCUCUCCUCCUCACUAAAGCGCCCCAGGUCUUGCGCUUCAGUCGUGGGCGAAGCCUGAGGAAAAAGAGAGAGAGGCUCAAGGAAGAGAGGAGAGCUCAGUCUGUGCCGAGAGAUGAGGUGGCCCAAGGCAAGGGAAGUGUCUCGGCAGGAGACACCCAUAGUAGUGAACAGGCUGCACCCAGGAAAGAAGAGGCCAGAGAAGAUGUCCUGUCCGCCUCCCCGGAGCCCAGAGCAAAGGACAGCAGACAGAGAAAGUCAAGACCCAAGGUGUCAGCGUUUUCUGACCCCACCCCUCCGGCAGACCAGCAGCCCGGCCAGCAGAAGAACGUGCACGCUCACAAUCACCCUAAAAAGAGGCCCAGGCAUCGCUGCUCGUCCCCGCCCCCGCCGCAUGAGUUCAGAGCGUACCAGCUCUACACGCUGUACCGGGGCAAGGACGGCAAAGUGAUGCAGGCGCCAAUAAACGGCUGUCGGUGUGAACCCCUGAUCAACAAGCUGGAGAAUCAGCUGGAAGCAGCUGUGGAGGAGAUCAAAGCAGAGCUGGUGUCGGUUCAGGACAAGAUGAACGUGAAGCUGGGGCACAUGGAGAAUAAGACCCAGCACCAAAUGCGGGUUCUGGACAAGCUGAUGGUGGAGCGACUCUCCGCGGAGAGGACGGAGUGCCUGAGCCGGCUGCAGCAGCACUGGGACUCGGAGAAGCGCGAAGGGGAGAGACGGCAGAUGUCCUUGGUGGAUGAAUUAAAAACCUGGUGCAUGUUAAAGAUUCAGAAUCUGGAGCUGAAGCUUUCUGGAGAUUCUAGGGCCUCCAGGACUAAGUCCACGCCGUCCACUUGCGAGUCCUCCACAGGUGUGGAUCAGUCAGUGGUGACUGCAGGCCCAGUGGCCGCCUCGGACAGUUCCCCCCAGGUGGUCAGGCCCAAGGACAAGGCCCUCAGCUCCGCCGCCACCCACAGACCCCAGCAGCAGGAGCUGUCUUCCUCGGACUGUACGGGCUCCCGACUGAGGAGCGUCAAAGUCCAGACAGCCUCGCUCCCCUUGAAAGAGGCAGCCAGAGGCGAUCCGCAGGCUGGGCCUUGUGUUGACAGAGGCACCCAGACCAAGAAGUCUGGGAAAAGCGGGCAGACGAGGCACCGAGGCCAGCCCCCAGCAGUCAGCACUGCCGGCGGGCAGCCGCCGCCUCCAGCAGCCGGCGGCGAGCAGACCGCCCCUCACGCUCGAGACACCUCCCAAGCGCUGGAGCUCACCCAGUAUUUCUUUGAGGCUGUUUCCACCCAGAUGGAAAAGUGGUAUGAAAGGAAGAUUGAAGAAGCACGAAGCCAAGCCAGUCAGAAAGCCCAGCAAGACAAGGCCACGCUGGAGGAACACAUUAGAAGUUUAGAGGAGGAACUUGCUAAACUAAGGACUAAGGUACAGAAGGAAAACUAG